AUGUAUUAUUUGCUCUUCAAUACAGAAGUAGAUCGAAUUGGAGCCACCAGUAUGGAGGGUGAAUCCCUGGAAAGGCUGUUGGAGCGCAACUUUCCCCUGGACGAACUGGAUUCAGUUUGGGUAUAUGGUAGUGCCGCAUUUCCACAACUGUCCGAGGCUGAACAAGAAAGUGCAGCAUUAGGAAAUGCAGACAACCACGCAGCUGGGCCCAUGACAACUGGAAAUUGCUAUCAUGAUUCAACAGGGAUUAGCCGCACUUCAGCCACUUGCACUUCAGGUGCAGGGACCAACAGCGGCUCUGAGGUCGAAAGCGCGAGCCGCAAGCAGUUGGACUUUUUGUUUAUAACGAAACAAAACGCAGAGGCGUUUCACGCCCAAAACCUUGCGCAAAACUGGCACCACUACAACUGGCUCCGUCGUCUUCCCUUGCGCUUGCUCGGUUACGUGAAUCGGCUCGGUCCGGGUCUUUACUUUAAUGCGUACUGUGCCCUUCAGGUUCAGAAUCGCAUUUGCUCUUAUGCUCCACCUCGGGAACCGGAACGAGCGGAACCGGAAGCUAACGACGACAGCUCCGUCGCGGACCUUAUGACGAAAAGCUCUUCUCCAGAUGCGGAGCAGCACGCGACAGAGCACACCACGGGACCGGACCCCUACCAGCACAGCGUGGCUGAAGUAGAUGACAAAAAAAAACAAGAAGGAUAUGGAGAACAGAGCGCGACUGGCGGCUCCUCAUCUUCGGAUGUAGUUUCAAAGCAAAUGAGCGUGAAACUCCAGAUGCAUGAGCGGAAGAUGCAGAUUCAGGCCUUGAGUUGGAAGGCGCGGCCAGAGCCCACGCGUUUGCUGCGUGACUUUCUUCAAUACGCGAAGACAGCGGUACCAACCGCGUCCGCAGGUACGAAAUGGAAUAUGGGAGACCAGCGGAGCUCUGUUGCCUCGCAAUUGGUGUCAGCAGCGCUGGGGGACGAGGAAUGCUACCCGACCGGAACGAGCACAAAAAGCGGUCUGCGUAGCUUUCGACUCGAGGACGAUACCCUGGGACUUUGCUUCGCGGAUACCCUAGCUGCAAGUAUGGGAAUGUUCGGUUUGAUGAAAUCGACAAAGUUGCAUGAUAACGAUUUGCAAUUGGUUUUGCAAAAAAUCCCGGGCAUGGCAGAGUCACAGUGAGUCUGUGAGAGCUCCUGUGUUAUGGUGAUGGCAUGUGAGGCCGAUUGUCAACGCCAGCCUGCUUAGGUUUAUUAGAGAUACUAGAGCUGCGAAAGAGAGCAGCACAAAAGCAGCCCUCUUGGUCUUGGCCCCAACAGCAUGAGAAAUUGGAUGCAAUUCUUUCUACCGCGAUUUUCAUUUUUCAUUUGUUGCUUGAAAGUUCCAAUGUGAUUUGGAGGCAAAACUGGUAUCACAUUUGCACAUCGCAAAUUCCUUCAACUCUGUCGAUUUCGAGCCAGGUACUCCUAUAGCAAGGAGCACUACGGACGCGGGAGAGGCAGAGACGCAAAAGAAGCACAUGAGGGGCGGCCGUGACGCAAUCGAUCCGGAUAAACUGCUUCUGCAGAAGAACAUCAAGCACGCGGAGCCACGCGAGCGGGACUUGCGUUUGCCGCAGGAAAAAAUUUUAACUCUUCCGACUCUGACUCAAGAGGUCAAGUAUGGCAUUGUAGAGAGGUCUGCCCUUCUCGAAGAUUUACGUACCUGGCAGCACCUUUACUGUGCCGGAAGAGCGCAAAAGCCGAUGCUUCGGUUUUAUUUUUGCGAAAAGCGACUGGAGGAGACGGACCGACAGUGGAUUUUUUUCAAGCGCGUCCUCGAAGCGGAAAGCAUCCUGAUGGAGACCCGGCUUGGCGCUCUGCAGUUUGCGCGCAUGAAGCUUUUGUUUGAUGCGCGUCAACAAGAAGAGAAAAAGGCAGACUUUUCCGCUGGGAAAACUCUCGCUCUGUCGUGGAGCACCCACCUCGUAUCGGUACGAGAUAAACUUCAAGACGUUGUGGCGAGCGUACAACAUUUUCGAAGUCCUGGCUCUAGGAAAGAGAUGAAUACUAGUAAAGAAGCGCCGAACUCGUGCAAAGGUGGCAAAGGUGGAGGAACAGUCUGCGACCAGACUGAGUUCGAACGAAGUCGAUUGUUUCCGGAGGACAUGUUGUGGCACCACGUGUGCGAUCUGAGCUACCGCGGCGAUGUGCGCCGCCUGCUUUUCGAGAACCCGCGCAAAACCGAAGAGAUCAUUCGUGGACAGCGGAGCUUCUUAGAACGAAUCUAUCGCCCACUUUUUCCGCUGGGCCGCAUAGAGAGCGUACCACGUGCUGAGCUUUACAAACGACGACCCGCGUUACCGCCCGCGCACGAUAACGAGACCAGGACGAAGCAAAAACGAAGACAACCGGACAGCUUUGAACACCACGACCAGCAGCCCGCCGCGAGCUAUCGUGUGUGGUUUUGAUCAAAGCACGCGCCGAACACCAAAACGAGCAGCCUCGGCGAUCUAUCUGGGCUCAAUAACAAUACAUAGGCUUGCAGGGUGUAGCUGGACACUUUGGGCUCGGCUUUUUGUUCGUGUAAAAGUCAAAGUUCGGCAAGGCAGCCUUGCCGAGUGGCGGGCGACUGCGCGUAAGGUGGCGGCGCAAGAGAUGAAAAAGACCAUCCGCAUCCCGCUUGGAUACGCGCUGCCCCCCCCUGCAGCGAGUCUGUGGGGCGUUGGACGGACGACCGUAACCCGGCCCCCGCUCGCCUUUCUGCCUCCCGCCCUAAGGACCGCGUGUCAGUCAUGGGGGGCAAAAGAGGGGCGACGAAGUGUGAGCGGCCUUUUUUGGGGAUUAGAUAGAUAUAGGGGGCAUUUGGUGGCUUGCCCUUCUUCGGUGAAGCUCAUGUGGAAUAAGUAUCCAAGCCCGUGCCGGUCCAGAUAUUGAAAUGGAAAGCCCGCGCAGGUCUAGAUAUUGGAUAUCUAGAGCGGCUAUCCAAUAUCCACGCCGUGCCGCCGUGGAUGUAAAUAGGGGGGCGGAGAAAUAUUAUAUCCGAUGGCUUCAUCUGCUAAGAAAUUAGCUGCGGCACAUGGCUGCCCGCGGCCGCCAACCAACACCAGCGCAAUUAUCAGCGAAUGGGGAUAUUUGCUUGGCCGCCUGCGCGCGAAUCUACAGGCCCGCGCUUUAUGCCGCAACAUGGGAGAAAUUAAAGGCGGCGCGCUAGUGUCUCUGAAGCAGCUGCAGGGACCACGCGCGGGCGAAAUUGACUAGAGCCACACAGGCAGCCCCCAGCCGCAGCGCUCUCGGCGAAUAGUAAAAAGCGACAGGAGCAGGAGGCCUGGCCUCGUUUUGGUUUUGUAUGUCCUGGUCUCGUUUUCGGGUCUCGACGGUAACGGGCGCGCCGUUUGUAGGACCUAGCGCAGAAGAUGGCGUCCGAUGGUCUUCAUGCGGAGACCAUUGAAAAACUAUUGCAGGGCCGGUUUUUUCGCACCCCCAGCGAGAGCUUGGGCGAUCUGGCUACAUUUGCGUUGGAAAGGGCAUUGUCUGAGGGCGAGACCCGUCAUAUCAGUGCGGAUAAAGUGUUGCAGAUGCGAGUGCAAAAGUCCUCGCUCGCGAUGGCCGCAAAAGGUAUCUUGACUAACAAAUGGUCGCAUUCUGUGCGUUACGCUUAUCGCAAGUUCCUGAAACGGGUGCAAAAGAAAAUAUCUUCUUUCGACGUCCUGCACGAGGAGGCUAAGCAUUUGCUCCUGCGGAUCAGAGUAC